AUGGUAUGCAUCGGUAGGCUGAGGGCGCUGGUGCUUCGUGCGGCGGCGGGCGCGGGCGCGGGCAGGCGCCGGUGGGCCAGGGUCCUGUGCGGUCGGGCGGUUGAUGUGUGCGUGACACCCCGUCCGCGCGGGCACGGUUGGCGUGGAUUCCUGGCGGUGGCUGGCGCCAGGACGAAGAUGAUGCUCGAUUCAUCCGACUCUGACUCCGGCGCUCCGGCGGGGCAGCUGCAGCUGCAGCGCCGCGCGGCUGCUGCUGGGACCCAGCCGCAGGAUGGAGGGUACGCCAGUGCGGGGUGGCAGAGGGAAGAUGGUAAACUGAAAUGUGGGUAUUCAAGUUUUAGAGGGAAAAGGGCUACAAUGGAGGAUUUCUAUGAUGUAAAACUAACUGAAAUUGAUGGACACGCUGUUAGCCUAUUUGGUGUAUUCGAUGGUCAUGGGGGGUCACGUGCUGCUGAGUAUUUGAAGGAGCAUUUGUUCGAGAACCUUAUGAAACACCCCAAGUUCUUGACUGAUACAAAGCUUGCUAUAAGUGAAACAUAUCAGAAGACAGAUGCUGAUUUCUUAGAAUCAGAAUCAAGUGCUUUUAGGGAUGAUGGUUCCACAGCUUCGACUGCGGUUUUAGUGGGUGGCCAUCUAUAUGUAGCAAAUGUUGGUGACUCCCGUGCUGUUAUUUCAAAAGCCGGGAAAGCUAGGGCACUCUCAGUAGAUCACAAACCUAACAGGUCCGAUGAACGCAAGAGAAUUGAAAAUGCUGGAGGUGUUGUCAUCUGGGCUGGUACUUGGAGGGUAGGUGGCGUACUGGCAAUGUCCCGUGCGUUUGGUAAUCGUCUACUGAAGCCAUUUGUGGUGGCAGAACCUGAAAUUCAGGAAGAAUUGAUUAAUGGAGAAUUGGAGAGCCUGGUUCUUGCCAGUGAUGGGCUUUGGGAUGCCGUAGAAAAUGAGGAAGCUGUGUCCCUUGCAAAAACAGAAGAUGUGCCAGAGUCUGCGGCCAGGAAACUGACGGAGAUUGCCUACUCCCGUGGCAGCGCUGACAAUAUUACAUGCAUCGUGGUGCAAUUCCACCAUGAUAAAAUUGCAGGAUGA